CUUCUUGGCUUCCUUUAUCCAUUGAAGAGAUAUUUAGUCAUAGCCCAGUGUCACAAUGAGGGUGACUCACAGCCUGGGAACCUGAGGACUCCUCACAUAUGUAGGUGCUCAAAGCUUGACAGAGGCCCAGUCUCCUCCACCACGAGAGGAUCAGCGAGGUCAGGGUGGCACAACUCUUCCUUCCCCCAGCACAGCGGGCAGGUCGCAAUCAGCCCAGCAAGUCCACAGCAGCUCCUGCGUCCCAGUUCAUCUUUAAUAAGGACAUCAUCUUCUUUUAUUGUUUGAGAAAGGAAUACCCCUGUCACAUACAGGAGAAAAAUGUUAUUUUGGUUGUUAGCUCUCCUGAUCCUCUGUGGUUUUCUGUGGAAUUAUAAAGGACAACUAAGGAUUGAAAACAUCACUGAUAAGUACAUUUUCAUCACUGGGUGUGACACGGGCUUUGGAAACUUGGCAGCCAGAACUUUUGAUAAAAAAGGAUUUCAUGUAAUUGCUGCCUGUCUGACUGAAUCAGGAUCUAAAGCUCUAAAGGCAGAAACCUCAGAGAGGCUUCACACUGUGCUUCUGGAUGUAACUGACCCAGAGAAUGUCAAGAGGACUGCCCAGUGGGUGAAAGACCAAGUUGGGGAAAAAGGUCUCUGGGGUCUGAUCAACAACGCUGGUGUUCUUGGUGUGCUGGCUCCCACUGACUGGCUGACGGUGGAGGACUACAGAGAACCUAUUGAAGUGAACUUGUUUGGACUCAUCAAUGUGACAUUAAAUAUGCUUCCGAUGAUCAAAAAAGCUCGAGGGAGGGUUAUCAAUGUCUCCAGCAUUGGGGGUCGACUUGCGUUCUGUGGAGGGGGUUAUACUCCAUCCAAAUAUGCAGUAGAAGGCUUCAAUGACAGCUUAAGGCGGGACAUGAAAGCUUUCAGUGUGCACGUCUCAUGCAUCGAACCAGGAUUGUUCAAAACAGGACUGUCAGAUCCAGUAAAGACCACUGAAAAAAAACUUGCCAUUUGGAAACAUCUGUCUCCAGACAUCAAACGACAGUAUGGAGAAGGUUACAUUGAAAAAAGUCUAAACAAACUGAAAGGCACUGUAUCCUAUGUGAACAUGGACCUCUCCUUGGUGGUGGAGUGCAUGGACCAUGCUCUCACGAGUCUCUUCCCUAAGACCCGUUAUGCUGUUGGAAAAGACGCCAAGACUUUCUGGAUACCUCUGUCUCACAUGCCAACAGUUAUACAAGACUUUUUAUUGUUGAAACGGAAAGCAGAACUGGCUAAUCCCAAGGCAGUGUGACUCAGCUGACCACAAAUGCCUGCCCCAGGCUAAGAAAUUGGUUGAUUUCAAGGACACAUCUCCUUUUCAAUACUUGGACUCAUUUAGAUCACCUUUCUUUUGAUAAAUGAAGGGAUCGCAUCAUCACUGGUGACGUCCCAGGGUCCCUUCUCAAGCCUUCAAAAAGAAGGGCAGGGAUGGCUCCUGCCCGAUAUUUAGGUUUUACCUGCUUGGUAUGAUGUAAGGGAAAUUGAAAGUCUUUCCCAUCCAAAAUGAUCUCCACUGCUGCCUGCCCCACACUUCUAGUCCCCACCACUUAGAGUAACUCCUGAAUGUUAAAUAUUUGUCCCUUAUCAAAAUGUUCAGAGGUAAGUAGAAUACUUUCAUAAGUGGAUUAGACACGUUCUGUUAUCUUGCUAAGAAGAGCU